GGAAACCUGCAACCCGAAAGCUUGCCAACGGAAUGGCGACAACCAGAAGCCAGUUUGCGGCUCAGAUGGUCUUAGUUAUCCCACUAGAUGUAUAUUUGAAAAAGCGCGGUGUCUGAAUAAAAAUUUAACGAUAGAAAAACGAGGACAUUGUAAGAAACAACGCAGUUGUUCGGAAUGGACCACAUUCAAUCAACAAAACCCUGUAUAUAAUGUAACUUUUACCCCAAAUGCCGUCCAGACGGUACUUACGACUCAGCCCAGUGCCAUUUGGGCGCCAACUUUUGUUGGUGCGUGACUCCCGAAGGAGUACCCCUACCGUACACGUCUUCGAGACGAAAAAACGACAAUAAACCUCCGAGAUGCGGAAGAAAGAAGUCGACGAGAAGAAGAUCGUCUAUGCCCAACAGCAGGCAGAGACAACAGCAGAGGAAUAGAGUAUGUAGGAGACCCGAUAAAUCGAUGUUGAAUAACAAUUUGAUUGAUAGUUUUCAUACCGAAUUUACCAGGGAUUCAGGAAGAAACGAUAGCGACAAUUUCGUCAUAACGUGGAAGUUUCAAACGCUUGACCAAAACAGCGAUCACAUUUUGGACCGGUUCGAGUAUCGAGAUCUCCGAAAAGUCGUUAGAAAAGAUGUAAAGCCGAGAAAGUGUGCCAGACAUUUUCCGAGGUCUUGUGACAUCAACAAGGACGGGAAGAUAAGUUUGCAGGAGUGGGACAACUGCUUAACUAGAGGAGUAAGAAUGGAUCUGGACGUCUCUUUGCGUGUGUUCUUGUCGCUGAAUCCAGACGGGCGCAGCCAGAACACAUCCAACGACAACGACGGUGACAGUGACGAUAGCGACAACAACGACUAUGCCGAGGAUCCCUUCGGGCCUGGGAAGUCUACUCCACAUGAAGUUCUCAGUUCAGCCUUGGGCUCAGUAAGUAGCUUUGACGAAGAUUCCUCUGAAGUAGCCGAAGAUCCUACAGAUUGUCUCUCCGACAGGAAGACCGCCUUGGCUGAGGGCUAUCAAUUGUACGUGCCGGAAUGUACACCAGAUGGACGGUACCAAAAGAUUCAAUGCUACAAAUCAGCUGGAUAUUGUUGGUGCGUUAAUGAAGACACUGGAAAAAACAUUCCAGGAACUUCGAUCAAAAAUGGAACUCCAAACUGCGAUCACCUAAAAACAAAUACCAGAGUGAUGAAGGGUUGUCCUGAUGAUAAAAAAUUUAUUUUCCUAAAAGAACUUUUAGCCUUUCUAUACACGAAGAUGUCGGAAAUUACAAACGGAACCAACACUAGUAGCUUCAACAACCUUGCGUGGAUAGCUUCCAAAGAAGAGCAAGUGGCUACUUGGAGUUUCGUGAUCUUCGACAAGAACAAAAGCAAAAUGCUGGAGCGAAACGAAUGGAAAGCCUUCAAGGACAUGGUGGGAGGAGUGAAGGGCUUGAGGAAGUGCGGCAAAAAGUUGCCCAGGUACUGUGAUAUCAACAAAGACAGACAAAUCAGUAUGACGGAGUGGCUGGAGUGUCUGAGUCUUAAACAAGGUGCCAGUAGUAGCAGUAUUCCCGGUUUUCAUGCGUCCCCUAGGGCUGGCAAAACAAACCCUCUCAGUAUGCUGAAAGACGAUUAA